CAUAAAUUGUUUUUAUGGGUUUAAACCAUAUUUAAAGGUGAAAAAUUGCCACGAAAAAAAAAAAGAAAACAAAUUUUUUGUCAUCAGAUAACCAACCUGUAUUGUAAGUUUGCCACUGAUCGAUUUGAGAGACUCAAGGUCAAAGAUGAACAAGGUUAAAGGAAAACAAAUCUACCAACAUUAAUGAUGAUAAUAUAAUGUGCUUUAAAAAAAAAAACCUUGCUUAUAUAUUACGGAAAACAACAAAUCCCUUUGCCAUAGGUUUGAUCUGGAAUUUACUUGGUAACUGGUUUCUCAGGUAAUUUCUGUGUCCCAUGCUUGUGUACUUCCCCUUUCAGCUUAUCAGUUUGUGAUGUCAGUCUUCCGUUUUCUCCUCCUAUAUAGGCUGACAGUUUAAAACCAUUGUCAGAUCAUCAGACUGUCUGUUUAAUAUUACUCUUUGCAGACAUUGAUUCACACAUACAAAUAUGGCUCGACUAGAUGUCACCGAAACUUUUCACAGUCUUAUGUUUCCUGGGCACAUGCAUACUCAAGACUCAUUGAAUUAUGCGACCAACUUCAAUUUUCAAGAUACAGAUACUGUAAUUGUCACCUACCCAAAAUCAGGAACCACAUGGAUGCAGGAAAUCAUCACUCUAGUUUUGAGUAAAGGGGACCCAACUGUAGCCCAAACUACGGCCAACUGGGCUCGUGCACCAUGGCUUGAGCAGUACUAUGCCGCUGAUAUUCUAAAAGCCUCUACCGGGCCUCGUAUUAUUACUACACAUCUGCCUUACCACCUGCUAGCACCGGCCCUGCAACAUUCCAAAGCAAAGGUUAUAUAUGUAGCCAGAAAUCCCAAAGAUGUGUCUGUUUCAUACUAUCACUUCCACAAGAUGGCCAAUUUUCUACCUGACCCAGGGACUUUCUCAGAUUUUCUGACUGAUUUCUUGAAGGGUGCAGUGCAUUAUGGCUCUUGGUUUGAUCAUGUCAAGGGCUGGACCAGUCACAAAAAAGAUAUUCAGAACUUUCUUUACAUCACGUAUGAGGAAAUGUGUCAGGAUCUUCAAGGGUCUAUUCAAAAGGUGAGCCAUUUCCUGCAGUGUCCUUUAACUGAGGAUGAGCUGAUCCUUAGUCAGAAGCACUCUAGCUUCAAUAGCAUGAAGGAAAAUCCCAUGGUGAACUACAAUCUCAUCACUCAGGAGAUCAUGGACCACAGCAAGGGCAAGUUCAUGAGGAAAGGUAAAGUCGGAGACUGGAAGAAUUUAUUCACUGAGGAGCAGAGUCGUCUUGCUGAUGACGUGUACUCUUCACAGAUGGCAGAUUCCUCACUGCUGUUUAAAUGGGAAUGGCCCCCGAGUACCAUUAACACUCCAGAAUCCCACACAGUCUAGACGCCGACUGGGAUAAAACUACAGAAACCAGAUGAGUCCUCUGCCCAAAUGUCACAUUGCAGCAGCCUGCAAUUGAACUGCUGGUUUUGUCUGGCCUGAGAACUGGGCCCCUGACUGAUCAUGGU